CGGACUGCAGUUGCUAUCGAUUCGGAAUCAACAGUCCUGCGAGGUUGAGCUUUUGCCGAGUGGUCAUAGUUUUUCUUGGAAUUCAAGGAAUUAGUUAAUUGAAAAUGCGUUUCGUACGUUUUCUAACUCAUGCUCGGACAACGCUCAGCCGUUACCUGGCCGACGGGUCGACUGUUGCUUGGCAGGCUCACCCUGUUGAGGAGCUACGUAAGCUGCACGUCGUCAUUGGCAAUGAGUCGUGCGAUCUCGACUCGGCUGUCUCGGCCUUGACUCUGGCUUUCAUUUACUCAGAGCGUAGCCAGGAGCACGACUAUGUGCCCGUGUUGAACAUUCCACGCAGGGACUACCGGCUAAAGACAGAAGUGGGCCAUAUGUUGAGCAAGUGUGGCAUUGCCGAAGCCAUGCUGCUCUUCCGCGAUGAUUUGCCCAACAAAUUCGCUAAGGAUGUCAACGUUGUCCUCGUUGACCAUCAUGUGAGUGAGCUGGCUCCACAUGUGGUAGAGAUUCUCGAUCAUAGACCCAUCGAUGGCGCGAAUCCGAAAUACAUGCUGUUGCCCCAGAACUGUGUGCGCAGCAUCGAGACCGAUAUCGGUUCCUGUGCCACCAUCGUCGGCCAGCGUUACUUGGCCGUGGAGCAACCACGUUCGCCCAUCGUCGCCCAGUUGCUACAUGCCACCAUAGUCCUGGACACAGUCAACUUUUCGGCCACGGCCAAGCGUUUCUCUCCCAGUGACCUGGUCAUGGUGGAGCAGAUGGAGAGGGAGCUGUCAGAGGGUGGCCAGUCAGAUGUUGGGCGGCGCUCUGAGCUUUUCAAUGAAUUGGUGGCGGCUCGCGCCGACAUAAGCAAUCUGACACUCACCGAGGUCUUGCGCAAGGACAUGAAAAUAAUUCAGACCGAACGUCAGAAAGUGCCCAUAGCUGGAAUGCCCAUCCUCAUUAGGAAUUUCAUUGAGUUGAGUGGCGCCGAGAAGGCUCUGCGCGAGUUUGGAAUCGACAGCAACCUCCUGGUUAUGCUUGGCAUGUAUGUCUCUCCCGUUGAUGGUACGGUGCAGCGCGAUGUGGGCCUCAUCUCGUUGGCCGGACAGAGUCAGUUGGUGGAGUGUGUCCGUUUGGCCCUGGUGGGGUGCCAUGAGCCCUCGUUGGAUCUCAGAGCCCACGAUGUGGGCAGCCGUUUCAUGGGCGGCUGCUACCUCCGUCAACACAAUCUCCGCGCCACACGCAAGCACAUUCAGCCCGCUAUCAAGCGGGCUCUGAUGGAGUGGGAGGAGAUCCAUGGCUUUGGCUGUAAUGAGGUGUACUUCUUUAAGGAGAAGCCCAAGCUGGGCCUCUCCUAAGUCAAAAAUCAAUUGUAAAGGCCAUCAAUGGACGAGAUAAGGAGGUUUAGCCAAUACUUAGCAAGGGUUUAAUGAGUGGGGAGUGCUUGAAAUUAUCCGUCGCGACGUGGGAUUCCAAAAAAAUUGUUUCUUUUAGUUGAUUAAGCGAUUAUAUGUACAGGGCAUAUAUGUAUGUACCUAUGUAUACAAGAAAUAAAUCUGUAUGAAUAAAACUAAA